AUGCAAUUCAAUUCAAAAUAAAAUGUUUAAUAAAUUUUACACUUUACUGUCAUUAGAAAACACUUUUUUCUUGAUAGAUUUUAUUAUUUGAAACUAGAAAAAGAAUUUAUCAUAAUGAGCUCUGUAAGUUAUAAAUUUUAUAUCAAAGGAAAAAGAUUUUAAGAAUCCAAAAUAUAAUUUACAAUUAUCUUCCGAAACCGAAUUCGAGUGGAUUAUAAGAAAUCAAUAAUUAGUUGGUUUUCUAUUUCCUUACAAAAAUAAGAUUAAGGAGUUUUAUGCCGAUAAAAGUCAUUUGAAUGAUCUAAAAUCACGACUUGGAAAAAUACUCCUUUUUAAAUCUCUCUUGAUCCAUUAUAAAUUUUUACAAUAUUUAGAUUAAGGAGCAUUUGGCUCAGUAAGAUUAUUAAUAUUUAAGGUGUCAUUACAAUACAAUUUUACAACAGAAAAUAAAUUUGCCAUCAAAACUCUGACUGUUUCUAACAAAUAUUUGUUGAAAUAUAUUAUGAAUGAGAUUACAAUUUUGAGAAGCCUAGAUCACCCUAAUAUUCUUAAAUUAUAUGAGGUUUUUAAGACUAAUUCUACAUAUUCUCUAGUGACCGAGUUUAUUGAUGGGAAAAACCUAAAAUAAUUAUCUAAUGAUUGUCCUCUAAUGUAAGAUAAUUCAAUAUUAGAUUUGCUCAAGGUAACCAUAACAUACAUAACAUAGCAAUUAUUUGAAGCCUUAUGUUUUAUACAUAGGAACAACAUAAUUCAUAGAGAUAUUAAAUUGGCUAAUUUGAUACUUUAGUAGGAUGGAGUAUUGAAAAUAAUUGAUUUUGGAUUGGCUUGCUUUGAUGGAGAGUAAUUAAAAAACCAUCCAAAAUGUGGCACUCCUGGCUAUUGUGCUCCUGAAAUCCUGUAGAAUGUAGGAAAUAAAAAUCAAUAUGAUUCCAAAGUUGAUGUUUUUAGUGCCGGCUGUGUACUAUAAAAAUUACUGAUCUUUAAAAGUUUAUUUGAAACAGAGACUUUAAAGGAAGUUUAAAAAAAAAAUAAAAAUUGCUCAUUUCAGAUAAAAGAAAAGGGUAGACUAUUUGACUUGAUGAAAAUUUUAGUUAAAUAAAAUCCUUAAGAUAGACCAACAAGUAAGUAGGUCCUUUAAUUAAUUUAAAAUAUGAUAGAUGAUGUUUCAUUUGAUGUAAACACUUGGUACAGAAAUACAUUUAAUUGGAAUUAAUCUACAUCCAUUUUGUUUAGUAACACUCCUAAAAAUGGAAAUAUUAGUAAAUCACUUUUUAAGACCCAAUCUACUCCAAAUAGUUCAAUGUAGUUUAUUUCAAGCACAAUGAACAAAAUUAUUAAAUGA